AAAACAGAACAACCACAAACACAAACAGAGAAUCAACGAAGAAAAAAAAUGGUGAAGGUGAUGUGGGUUUCCGUUUUAGCUCUCGCGGCGGCGAUUCUCCUUUUGACGGUGGCCAAAAUCCCGGUGGCAGAAGGGGUGACGUGCUCGCCGAUGCAGCUGGCUUCAUGUGCGGCCGCGAUGACGUCAUCUUCGCCGCCAUCGGAGGCCUGCUGCGCAAAGCUGAGAGAGCAGCAGUCAUGCCUUUGUGGGUACAUGAGGAAUCCUCUCCUCCGCCAAUACGUUAGCUCCCCUAACGCCAGGAAAGUCUCCAACAGUUGCAAGAUAGCUUCCCCAAAGUGUUAAGGAAAUGUUAAUCAUGAUUAGUUAGUGACAAGUUUCGCUAAUUAUAAGUGGGUUAAUUACUAGUUAAAGUGGGUCUUGUCCUCGUCAGAAAUGUUUAGAAUAAGAAUCGGUGAUGAUGAUCAUCAUCAUUAUGCUUGAAUGUUAUGUAUGUUUCUAUCUUAUAAAAUAUGAAAUAUACU